GAGCUCCCUGCACUACAAAUACUACAAGGCUCACAGACAGCAAUAUGCUAUCUUCCUCCUGCCGGUUCCGUUUCAAAAACAAUAUGCUGUCUUGUGCUCUUUCUAGCUAAUCUUGAAGUGUCUGCCAUUAAUCCAUCGUGAACUUGAGCUGCGAGGUAGGCAGUGAGAUCAUGGGAAACAACGUCACUGGACAACAAGAAGAGACCGCUAACAAAGUCGACAAAACCAUUGAGCCUCCACAUGGUUCACCUGCUCUCAACAGCACAAACAGUGAAACAAACAAUGAGAAGCAUGGCACUGAGGAUGUCAACUUGUCAAAGUCCUCGAAGGAUCCCAUCACUACCAUUGCUGAAGAUAAGCAGGUGGCCUCGUAUCAAAAUAGUUCAUCAGAUAAGAUUGAAGCCUUAGAUGAGAAAAACAGGGGCUCAAUUCAGGAUAUUGCAUCAACACAAGAAGAUGAUCAGAGUAGUAACUUACCAAAAGGUUAGUUCAGUUCUUCAAUUCAGCUUCUAGCUAGCUUGGUAACUUUACCAUUGUUGUGGACACCAUCUUCGGCAAGAAGUACCAGCGCAGGGGCAAGGCCAAGGCGUCCACAACAGUUUAGCCAUAAUUCUUUUGUUUUCAGUUUGUUAGGCUAAAACUUAGG